AUGAAGGUAAUUGCUGAAUCCAUUGGAAUUGCUGGUCUUCCUGAUGAUGCUGCAAGCCAACUGGCUGAGGAUGUCAGCUACAGACUAAAACUACUUAUUCAGGAAGCUGUCAAGUUUAUGCACCACGGUAAACGUAACAAGCUGUGCAUCACUGAUUUUGAUAUGGCUCUCAGAAUCAAAAACCUUGAACCAUUAUAUGGCUUCCAGUCAAAAGAUUUUAUACCAUUCCGUUAUACAAGUGGAGGUGGCCGUGAGCUCCAUUUCCAUGAAGAAAAAGAACUUGACUUGAAUGAAAUCAUCAGCAGUCAAUUUCCAAAAAUUCCUCUGGAUGUUUCUCUGAAAAUUCAUUGGUUGAGCAUUGAAGGUGUCCAGCCUGCUAUUCCUGAAAACCCACCACCAGCUUCUAAAGAGCAGCAACAGAAAGAAAGCUUUGAUACUUCUAUUAAGGCAGUAAUUGACAGACUACAUAAACCCAAACCCCACACAGACUUGGCCAAAGCUAGAAUGAAACACAAAAGUGCUAAUACUGCCAAAUUGAAAAAUCUUAUUAUUCAUGAGCUUUCUGUUGAACAACAAUUAUAUUAUAAAGAAAUUACCGAGGCUUGUGUUGGUGCUGAUGAACCAAGACGGCAGCAAGCAUUGCAAAGUUUGGUAUCAGAUCCAGGACUUCAUCAAAUGCUGCCUCGAUUCAGUACUUUUAUAUCUGAAGGUGUUAAAAUCAAUGUGGUGCAGAAUAACCUGGCACUUCUUAUUUAUCUCAUGAGAAUGGUGAAAUCUCUCAUUGAUAAUCCCAAUUUGUACCUUGAAAAAUAUCUCCACGAAAUUGUCCCUGCUGUGACAACAUGCAUUGUUAGUAAACAAUUGUGCUUGAGACCAGAUCUUGAUAAUCACUGGGCACUUCGGGAUUUUGCAGCCAGACUCAUGAAUAACAUUUGCAGGACAUUUAACACUUGUCGCAAUAAUCUACAAACCAGAGUAACUAAACUUUUUAGUAAAGCUUUGCAAGCAGAAAAAAUUCCAUUAUCUACUCAAUAUGGUGCUCUUGUUGGGCUUGGAGAGCAAGGACAAGAGGUUGUGAAGACAUUUAUUGUUCCUCACUUAAAAAUUCUUGGAGAUCGUUUGAAGGCAGUCAUCGACAGUCCAGUUGUUAACAGUUUAGAUAAACUUGCUGUUGAUCAUGUUAAAAAGAUUUUAUUGAGAGUUGUCCCUCCAGUACUGAAAAAUAUGAAAACUGGAAAUGAUACAAUUGAAGACUUUAUAAAAGAAUAUGGUUACUUAGGCCAACCACUGCAUGCUGCUGUUCUUCAAGAAAGACAGAUUCCUGUAUCUGUACCCAACAUGCCACCUGCAGCUAUCACCACUGCAAGUGGAAGACAGCCCAUCCUUAUCCAAUCUGGCAGCUCAACACAAACCAGUAUGUGUACAAGUAGUACCAACACUCGCUUGGUUACACCUUCAAGUGGUGUUGGACGUACACAAGGCCAAGGACAAAACAAGUUGGUUAUAGUGACUCCACAGUGCAGACCCACUGUAGCAGCAUCUGUAGCUACUGGUUUCAACAGCACAGGUAGCAAUACUUCCGCUUCAACUAUUGUCAAACUGGUAACUACUCCCAGUACUAGCACUACCAGUACUGUUGUCGGAGCACCUCCUCAGAAGGUUGUUGUGGUCUCACUCUCUUCAGGAGCUAGUGCCACCACACAGGUGUGCACCUCCGUAAUGCAGACUAGCAGUACAAGUACAACCGCAGCAAUAUCUACUGCUUCUCAUGGUAUGGGCAUGAAGAGUGUUUUUAGCACUACAUCAACAACAAUAAAAAAAGAACCAUCAACUCCUUGA